CACACACUCAUACUCCAUCUCCCUCACCUUCUCCCUCAGCUCCUCCAGGGUCCCUGCAGUGACGCCCUUCUUGGUCACCCUGGCAUGACAGCACACUCUGAAGGGCCUCUGGGUGGGCGACCACACUCGCCUGGACACGGACCUGAGGAAGAAAAGGACAGAUUGGUGCGGUCAUCAAAUCGGCUGGACCACAAUGUUGCGUAAUGCUCUUGCGCUCAUACUGUUGAGAUAAGGUGUGGGAUCACUGAGUGCCGUUAAGUAAAUGUACACAGGAGACAGAAAGAUAGAGAUUGAAAAGAGAAGUUGAAAUAGGAACUCCUAAUAAAUAUUAUAAUCUUUGCUAUGGAUAUAGCAACAAAUGGCAUCACCAGAGGAAGACAACAGUAGGCCUAUUACAGUAUGCAUUAAACAAAAGAAGCUAUCAUUUCCCCCUUGUGUUACUUGUGUUAAGAUUAUAUAAGGAAGGUACAAUAAACUUACUUUAACAGCAAGGAUGUUGAUUCCAUUCUCAGUUUUAGACUGCCUUCAGUCUGUUUUUCUUACCCAACAGUGAUUCUGACUGUUGUGGCCUCGUCCUGCUCGUAUUUGACCCAGCAAUCACAUUUAGAUGGACUUUACUCUGCGAAUUUAUGAUUCAGAUUCAGACCUGCAUAGACCAAAGUCCAGUGUUGUUUGUAUGUUUCUAUUUGUGUUUGUUAGCGCGCGUUUGUCGACAAAUCAACAAACGUUUUGUCAACAACUUUUUAAAAUCAGAGUUUGUAAUUAAACAUCAAAAACUUUUGGCUAAUUAAAUAUCUAAAUAUAUUUGUAAACGUACGUCUACAUCAUUUCCGGUUCUUUGCGUAUGUCACGAAGGCGGGAGAGAAAUAAUUGUUUUGUUCGGAGCAGUGUAUGUCAUUUCUAAUCAAAUGCAAACAAACGUUUUAUAGCUAUUUAUUUAAUCUACUAUAUCGAUGAUUUCCAUGUCUUCCCAUUAGCCAGUUUAAAAGUGACAAGUGAAUUAUCUGAUACUUGCAAAUUAGCUUUUGCUAACAACCAGACGAAAAGAAGAGUGAUCAGAACUUCGGAGGCAGAAAUGGCAAAACCGUCGGCAAAGAAGGUAGAUGACCCCUUGCCCCUCCAAGCCCUGCGUCUCCUUGUCCCACCUGUGCGGCUGGUCUGUGCAGCCAUGUGGAAAGUGAUGAAAGAGAGGGACGUGAUGCAAUAUGGGACUUUGGAGGAGUUUGUUACCUCCUCCUGCGAGACAGCUCCAAGUUUGCUCACCAACCGACACCAGGCCAAGCUAGGGCUGGGGCUAAGAGCACGGCUUAUCCUGGAGCUGUGUCGUGGUCAGGACUUGCCGGAUCCAAACACCAUCCUUCCUCAUCUUGAAAGGAUACGUGUUCCUGUCACCUUGUCCUCCGUUCUUAAAACGAAGAGGGACGUCAAGAUCGAGGCAGCAGUAACUAACUUCCAUGACUUUGUCCAAACCAUCCUGAGAGAUCCCACAGAGAGAGAACAGUUCUACAAGGAGGAGUUUCUCACAGAGUAUGGGCCUCAGUUUGACCUGCAGCUAGAGAAGCUUCUGUGGGAGUUUCUAGUCAGGCUGGACCAGCUACUGCCUGUGCCCAACCUUGUUCAGACAGUGUCCUCCUGGCUCAAUGUUGCCCCCUCUGUCAUGGAGGAGUGUGUGUUGGCUGCCUCCCAGCCCCAGCAGAUGAAGGCUCUGCUCCAGCACCAGAGCUGUCUGGGCCACAUUGAACCAGCAGCGUCCCUCCCGCCUUGCCUGGGCGACACCAUCCUCUCCUCGCUGUCUCUGCCUCCAUCCGGAAGAGUGCAGGAAUCCAGUUCCAGCGUCAUGCAAACUGGACCACCAGCGACCAAUCACAGACGGCCCAGGGACAGUUCGCCAUUCAUCAAGCCAGUGAUUGGACUGAUGUCCACCAAAGACCUGCCAAUCAUGUUGGCAGCUAGAAGGAGAGCAGGAAGUGUUCCUGUCAGUUUAAGAGACUCUUUAGAACAGUCAGAUUCAACUGGGAGCUCCAAAUACACAGCGGUCAAACAGAUCUCAACACAUCUAGGUAACACAGCGAGGGAGGAGGUGGAGGAGAUGCAUGUUCAGGUGAAAAGUGCAGCCCAACACGAACCUGGAAAGAAAACAAGAGAUGAGGGAUCCAAAGCUACAAAGAAGGAUGACGAGACGAACGCCGGACGAGGGACUAAGAGGAGGAGGGCCGCGAAAGACGGAGAGAGCGGGUCCUCAGGGGAGAGCGAGUCUGAUGAAGAGAGCGUUUCCGGGAGAGAGGGGGCGUCCGAGGGCGCCCUAAUGAACGAUCGCACGGCUAGAUCCGACGCUUCAGCCCGGAAACUACCGGAAGACGUGACCCUGUCGUCCUUGGUGAUGGCUUGUCUCCGCUGCCAGCCCAGAGUGUUGCUGUGCAGGCUGGGCGAGGCAGCCUCCGCUCCUCCGCCCAUGACCUCUCCGGCUCUGUGUUCCCACGGCAACGGGAAACAAACCAGGCGGUUCCUCGGGAGGUCGGUCAAGAGGACGAAGGAAGCGAGAGCAGGGCUGAGGAUCUCCAGAGCUCAGAGACACGGUGCAGAGUUGCCACAAGUGGCUGAUAAAGAGAACUGUGCCAUGCCCCCAGUGUUGGGCAGUUCCCUCUCUGUACAGACAAACUCAGCUAAAAUAUCCCCGGCCCCUACAGAAUCAGGCGAUGACAUCAUAGUGGACUCGGAGGAUGAAGCAACCAAAAAUUUUAAAGGCAGACUGUUUGUUAAGCGCUACUACAAGACUAAACACGACACAUACGUUCCCACCCUGAGAGAAUUCUGGAGGCCCGGAUUGGCUCGACGGGACCUACUGUCGCCUGGCAACGGACACAGAUGACAACUUGAGAAAACUUAACAGAGUUGGAUUUAACAAGGAGACUAUCUAAGCGCUUUAAUUCGGAUUAAAUAAUAAAAGCAUAACUUUAUUAUUCUUUACAGUCGUGUGCAGUCUAGGAAGUGAUAAUGUAUGUGAAAUGGAAAUUAAAUUAGGCCAAAUAAUGUUAUUUUGUUGUAUUGUCAUGUGUAUAUCCCUUAUUAAAUAUGUAUCUUCUAUACAG